AUGGCGAAUCAGGCUGCCACCGCGGGGGAGUUUAUUUUGCUGGGAUCCCACCUCAGCAGGCCGGUGGAGCUGCUGUUCCUGGCGCUGCCGCCGCCCAUGUUCCUGGUGACCUUCCUGGGGAACCUGCUCAUCAUCUCUGUUGUGCUGUCCUACUCCCGCCUCCUCACCCCCAUGUAGUUCUUCCUGUGCACCCUUCUGGACAACCUCUUCACCUCAGUCAUUUCUCCAAAAGUGUCGGCCAACUUAGCAUCUGGGGAUAAAACCAUCUCCUUUGCUGGGUGUAUCACUCAGUGCUAUUUCUACUUCUUCCUGGACACAGUAGAGUUUCUUCUGUUGACAGUCAUGUCGUAUGAUCGCUAUGCUGCUGUCUGUUACCCGCUGCAGUACAGCACCACCAUGAGACCUUCUGUCUGCACUGGGACUGUUGUGUUCUCUUGGGUGGGAGGCUUCUUGUCUGUGCUCUUUCUGACCAUCCUCAUCUCCCAGCUGCCCUUCCGUGGCUCCAACAUCAUUAACCACUUCUUCUGUGACAGUGGGCCCUUGCUGUCCUUGGCUUGUACGGACACCACUGCCAUUGAGCUGAUGGAUUUUGUGCUUUUGUCCACUGUCAUCCUCUGCUGCAUAGUCCUGGUGGUCUAUUCCUAUACAUACAUCAUCUUGACAGUAGUGAGCAUCCCUUCCUCAAGUGGAAGGUAGAAGGCCUUUAACGCCUGUGCAAUAGUCGUGAUUUCUGGUGGCAUAGUGUUUAACUAUAUGACACCCUCCCAGAAAGAAUAUCUAGAGGUCAACAAAAUCCCCUCAGUACUGAGCAGUGUUGUGACUCCAUUCCUCAACCCCUUCAUAUACACUCUGAGAGACGACAUGGUGUUGGGGGUGCUCAAGGACAUGUGGGUGAGGGUUCAAGCAGCUUUAAAAAAGAGAAUAAUGACAAUGCUCAGGAGCAAAUUGUUCCCUUACAAAGACCAAUAA